AUGGAUCUAACAACAUUAGAAAGAGCAGCGGAGACGUUAUUGGCGCCUCCAAAUUUGGUGUCUGCUGAGGAUCGAAAACAGGCGGAUUUGUAUUUUGAAGAAUUUAAGCGAAAUGUCACGAUUAAUGAUUGUAUUAUGCUAUUACAACAAUCGUCUAACUCUUUCGUCCUUUUUCAAAUUGGACAAACGAUUGGCGAUAUUUUGCUUCGCGAUUGGUCGUUGGUGAAUGGUGAAGAUGUCCAAACCGCCUAUAAAAAACUUUUGGAAUUUGUUGCGACGAGACCUGGAAUUGAGCCAUUUGUUGUUGGCGCGUUUCUCAAAUCGGCCGCCAUGAUUAUCAAACGAGGCAUUCUUGAUGGAAAAUCGGGCGAUCAGGAAGAGCUUUUUCAGUUUAUUCAUCAAUUAUUGACAAAUGAGUCGUCGAGCUUGCAAGCCGCCGGAUGUUUAUUUAUAAGCGCUUUAAUCGAACAAUUCUCAUCGUGUUGGCGAAAUUCGAAAUAUUCGAUCACAUGGGAUUUCCAUUUGCAAGCGAAAACCAAUUUUGAGAAUAAUGGAUUGCGUCGUUUGUUGGAGAUGUCGCUGACGACGCUUCACGCGUUGAGCAAUCAGGAGAAUAUAUUGGGAAACGAUUUCACGCGGCGAUUGUGCGAUCGAUUCUUGGAAGUUGCGGAGAAUAUUUUCUCGUGGAACUUUUCGAGUCGAUUCUUCCGCCGAUUCACGGCCAAUAAUCAGAAAUAA